AUGGAGGGCACCAAUGGCAGCUCUACAGGGGACUUCAUUCUCUUCGGAUUCUCUGACCGCCCCAAGCUGGAGAGGGUCUUAUUUUUUGUCAACAUGAUUUUCUACUUCCUGGCCAUCACGGGCAACUCAACCAUCAUCUUCCUCUCCCUGAUGGACCCUCGACUCCACACUCCCAUGUACUUUUUCCUCAGCAACCUGUCCCUGCUGGACCUCUGCUACACGACCAGCAGCAUCCCCCAGAUGCUGGUCAACCUCUGGGGUCCCCGCAAGACCAUCACCUACGUGGGCUGUGUCAUCCAGCUCUUCGCCUUCCUGUCGGUGGGGGGCAUCGAGUGCAUUCUGCUCUCGGUCAUGGCCUAUGACCGCUUUGUGGCUGUGUGCAAACCCCUGCACUACAUGACCAUCAUGCACCCCCAGCUGUGCCUGCAGCUGGCCGCCUUCGCCUGGCUCAGUGGCAUCGCCAACUCCAUCCUCAUGUCCCCCCUGACCAUGUCCCUCGGCCGGUGUGGCCGCCGCCGCAUCAACCACUUUGUGUGCGAGAUGCCAGCCAUCAUCCGCAUCUCGUGUGUGGACACCAGCCGGGUGGAGGGCCUGGCCUUCUUCCUGGCCAUCCCCAUCGUCCUGGUGCCCCUCACCAUGAUCCUAGUCUCCUAUGGCUAUAUCGCCGUGGCCGUGCUGCGCAUCCGGUCAGCUGCAGGGCGCCGCAAAGCCUUCAACACGUGCUCCUCACACAUGGCCGUGGUGUCGCUCUUCUACUCCAGCAUCAUCUACAUGUACAUGCAGCCCGGGAACGUGGCCAGUCAGGACCAGGGCAAGUUCCUCACCCUCUUCUACUGCCUGGUCACACCCACUCUCAACCCUUUUAUCUAUACCCUGAGGAACAAGGACGUGAAGGGGGCUGUGUGGAGGUUGUUGGGCAAGGACCACAAACCACUGGACUCAGGGGGACACUGA